AAAUCUAUCACCCGUCAAACUAAUUUUAAAACUCCCCAACUUAAUUUCAAAAGAAACCAAACCCAUAUAACUCAAAUACAAAUCCCUAACAUGCGUGUCGCUCACUUUCCCCAAAUCUCUCUACUUUGCUUCCUUUUCUUGUGUCGGGACCAUAAAUUUUUUGCUGCGAAUCUCUGUUUGCUUUCCCAAAAUUGUUUUGUUUUGUUGCCUUUGCUGUGAAUCUCCAUUUGCUGUGCUGUUUUUGAAGGAUCUCUGUUAGUAGUUUUCUGAUUCUUGUGUGUGAGCUGGAGGCAAACUUUUUGCUAUUGCUAUUUGAGUGGCUGGUCUGCUGCUGUGCACUUGAAGCUUGGUAACUACCUUAAAGCUUUUGAUAUUGGAGCUGAUAUUAGAGCUACUCGUUGGUGGGUCGGAGUUGCUACCAUUUGUGUUUAAGGAUCUGCAAAGCUACUGGGUUCAAAUUGUUGCAUCUUUUAGCCUGUUGCUAGCUGGUUGAUUGAGGAAAUAAUUGUGGUUUUUGUCCAACUUAUGAUUUACAGGGUGGAGUACUCAUGGACGAUUAUCAUGUCCUAUUGCAUGGAACAUUCUAAGUCUUUCAUAUUGGAUCAUGGAACGAUGGUUAAAGGGAAGCAUUCAAAACCGAGACCUAGAUCAACAAAUGCCUCUAGAAGUAUGUCGUUGCCUAUGAAUGCUAGUGCGUUUGUUGAUCUAUCCAUUCAACUACAGAUGCAGCAGGUCAAUAAUGAUGUGCCCUUUGAGCCACCUUUGUUGGGUGCAUCUGCAGAGCAAGUAGAAAAUGAGACAUCUACUUACGAUUCUUGUAAAUCCCCAUCUAUUGAUUUAGGUGCAAGUGUAGAUGAUACAUCCUCAAGGUCAAGGGGUAGAGGGCCUGGUAUAGGAUUACAGACUCCUGUAGAUCCAUCCGACAGAUUGUGUAUGACUCCUAUUGGGGAGAAGUGUGCUAUUUUGUAUUAUAAUGAAAUUGUUAUAUUUGUUAUAAAUUUUAAUAUGUAAAAAUUUUCUUUUAUAUUCUACAAAUACUUUUU